AUGCAAGAAGUAGAGCAGAAGAGAAUAUUUUUCAAAAUGAGGUCAAAAAAGCUUGAUCAUAAUAUGAAUACAACCAGCAAAUGGAAGCCCCCGGCCCGGCGGACCUGGGGAGGAGAGCCAGCGACAAACUCCGCUCCGCAGAGGAGGCAGCUCUGCCAGACGGCCGGCUGCUCCCUGCCUGCCUCCCUGCCGCCCUCGAGGUCUGCGUCCCGGCCGGCGCGAGGGGGGUGGGUGGCGGCGGGGCUCCGCCCCCUCCGCCUUAUAGGGCGGCGGCGGCGGCGGCGGGCGCGGGCAGCCCAGUGCGGCGCGCCGGGGAGCCCCGACGGGCGGAGCGGAGCGGAGCGGGGCGAGUUGGGCGCGCCAUGGGCCGGGGCGAGAGCGGCGCCCGCUUGCCGCCCUGAGGCGGUGCGGGCCGUGCCCCGAGGGCUGAACGCCAGCGCCAUGGCCCCGCCGGCGGGCAACGGCACGGCGCCGUGCGGCGCCGUGUCGGUGGGGUUCCCCUUGGCCAUGAUGGUGGCGGGGCUGGCGGGCAACGCGCUGGCGCUGCUGCUGGUCUCGCGGGCCUACCGCCGCAAGGAGAACCGGCGCAAGAGGGCCUUCCUGCUGUGCCUGGGCGCCCUGGCGCUGACCGACCUGGCGGGGCAGCUGGUGACCAGCCCCGUGGUGGUGGCCGUGUACCGCGCGGGCCGCGACUGGGGGCGGGUGGACCCCUCGCGGCGCCUGUGCGCCUUCUUCGGGCUGUGCAUGACGGCCUUCGGGCUGUGCCCCCUGCUCAUCGCCAGCGCCAUGGCGGUGGAACGGGCGCUGGCCACCCGCGCCCCGCACUGCUACGCGGGCCGCCUGGGGACGCGCGCCGCCAAGCGGGUGCUGCUGGGCGUGUGGCUGGCCGGGCUCGCCUUCGCCCUCCUGCCCCUGGCGGGCGUGGGCAGGUACGCGCUGCAGUGGCCGGGCACCUGGUGCUUCAUCGGCACGGGGCCCCAGGAGGGCGGCGGCGGCGGCGGCGGCGGCGGCCGCACGGGCAGCCUGGUCUUCGCGGCGCUGUUCGCCGGCCUGGGGCUCUCCUCCCUGGCGGUCACCGUGGCGUGCAACGUGGCCACCAUCGCGGCGCUGGUGGGCCGGUGCCGGGCCAAAAGCUCCAAGUCCCGGUCCAGGAGGCAGUGGGGCCGGAUCGCCACGGAAACGCUGAUCCAGCUGCUGGGCAUCAUGUGCGUCCUCCUGGCCUGCUGGUCCCCCCUUUUGAUUAUCAUGUUGCAAGUGACCUUCAGCCCCGUCUCUAUGAAGCAAUGCGAAAUGGCCUGCAACCAAACUCAAAGCACGGAACUUGACAAAGAGUGCAAUUUCUUCUUGACUGCAAUCCGCUUGGCCUCCCUCAAUCAGAUCUUAGACCCCUGGGUUUACCUGCUGUUUAGGAAGAUUCUCCUGCAAAAGGUUUGCCAGGUAGCAAAUGCCAUCUCUUGCCACUCUAAAGACAGAUGGAAAGGGCGGCACAUCAUAUUGUCAGACAAAAUCAGACACACAACAGUCGCUUGAAGCAACUUGCAUGUAAACAACUUUCCACGCAUUGUCAUAUUUUACUGUGAAUCGGGGCAUCAGAGAGAUAUGCCUUCUCUAUGUACGUUACAGGGAAGUGUUAUAUUCAGUGAUCUUUUAAAUGCAUAUGAUAUUUUUCCUUGUCGGAAGGAAAUAGUUAAAUUAUUAAGAAAUGAAAUUGCUAGAAC